GUGUGGUGCUAAGUGCCCUGGCCCUGGCCUUGUGCCUGGCCGGCGCAAUGAGCGUCGGUGACGGCUGCUCAGGCUGGCUAGCGUCCGGCCGCUGCCGGCUGGUGUCUGGGGUGCAGAAGCUUUGGAAGCUGGGCCACAGGACGCUGCUCCUGGUCCUGUUUGCUUUUGGCCUGGGGGCUCUCACUGCUACUGCCUCGUCUUGCUCUGCGAGCCGAGCAGAGCCUUACCUCCCCGUAACGGAUGUUCAGGCCGAGCCCGAGACAAAGGAUGCCAAGGGUGGAGUGGACAAGUGUCGGCUGUGCAAGGUGCGGAUGGGCGUCUUCACCUGCACAGUCUUCGCGACUGUGGGGACAUUGGCAUGGACCCUCUUCCAUGCCUACAAGGGGACCUGCCAGCUGGCGGCGGACCUUCAGGAACUGCGGAUCAUCUACAUCACGCGCGCGCAGCCGCGGAACUACGGGAAGCGUCUGCAAGGCCAGUUGGACACCUGGAUGGACGACAUCUCCAGGGAGGAUCUCCUCGUGACGUCCUUCGUUCUCCAACCUGACAAGAAGCUCUCCGAGAGGGAUCGGCAAUCGGUCAUGGAGUUCAACUGCCCUGACAACCACGCCCUGGGUGUUUGCUGCGUCGAGGCCAAUGCGCUUAUCCAGAUGGAGAAUCGGACGUUUGACUGGGUCUUCAUCGUAGAUGACGAUGUGUACGUGGUGGUGGAGAACCUUAGGCGCGUGCUCGCUCGGCUACAUCCCCGCUCAGAGCUGCAAACUGAAGCUUUGGGCUACGGCAUCACAGGCUGUGUGACGAAAGGACGCCCCUGUGGCUUCUGUGGCGGAGGCGGGUACGCCUUGAGCUACAAGGCUGUCAAGGUCCUGCUGGGCAACGACACACGCAAGUUCUUCAAGAGGUACAUGAGGGACUGCGAGAACACGAAGUACUGCGACGUCACGACAGAAUGCCUGGCCGUGGAGAACGGCACCAAGGUCCAUACGAUGCAUGGCCUGCACCCCUGGAGAGUCGGGAACCCCACGUGGAACUUGACCGCCUUGGAAGGCUUCUUCCAUGCUCCUGGUGGUGGCCAGCUGCAGGAGUGUCCCAUCAGCUUUCACUACGUCCAAGAGUCGAAGACCAUGAAGAAAGCGCACGACCUGGCCAAGAAGUAUGUCCCUGCCUUUGGCAUGGCCUCGUCACAAGCGGCAGACGGCUUUUGGUGUUAG